AUGGCCGCGGCCGCCGUCGGCGGGGCCGUCGUCCCGCCAAUGCCGCCGCAGCAGGACGAGAAGGCGGCUCAGCAGCCCCUCAUGGCCGUCGUCGCGCCGUUGCUGCCCCAGCCGGAGGGUGCGCAGCCUCCCGGUCUGGGCCCGGAUCCGGUGGAAGAGGGAUACAAAGAGACACCGCAAGACGAAAAUCCCUUGCAGGUUCAGGGUUCAGCAGACGAGGGGGGCAAGGAGACACCGCAAGACGAAAAUCCCUUGCAUGUUCCAGGUCCAGCAGAUGAGGGAGACAAGGGUGCAUCCUCGCAAGACAAAAAUCUCUUGCAGGCUCCUGGUCCAGCUGACGAGGGGGACAAUGUGACCAUGCAAGACGAAAAUCCUUGGGAUGAUAUUCAUGAUCAUCGUGACCGUUCACCCUGCAGAUACCCCAGAAAUUUUUAUGACUUAAUUAAUGGUGGCAGAUUUUGGAGUGGACCAAGAGACCCUAGAUAUUAUGAUGGCCAAAAUCUUGAUGUUGAAGAAUGCUAUGGUGUCAGACGUGGUCGACAAAGACAUCGCAGAGAUUGUGUUAACCCAUUUUAUGGUGGCAGAUGUCAUGGUGAUCAUAUAGAUUGUGUUCAUGCACAUCAUGGUGGAAGAAUUCGUGGUGAUCGUAGAGACAAUGUUGAUGCAUUUCAUGGUGGCAGGAGUGGUGAAGAAGAAGAAGAUCAGGGAGAUUAUGAUGACACAUUUCAUGGUCGCAGAUAUUACAAUGGCCAUAGGGAUCAUAGAGAAGAUGGUUACUUACUUAACCGUGGUGAACAAAGAGACCACAGAGAUUAUGGUCAUGCAUUUCGUGGUCCCAGAUACCCUAUGAAUGGAUUGUAUCAUGAUAACCCACUAGGUUAUCCAUAUGGUCAUCACGAUAGGUUCAGUUUUGGAGGUCCAAGAUUUCUUAGUCAUUACAAUCCGAUGGAUUCUCUGGAUGACAAGCGUGUCUAUGCUCGUACUCCAUGCUGUUUCCGUAAUCGAAUCCGUGAAAAGAAAGACUACCCUGUGGGUGCCUCGCUACUUAAUCCUGAGAAGUGGACAUGUUUCCUUAAUUGCAUUCUCCAGUGUGUGGUUCACACUGUUCCUCUUGUGUCAAAGCUUCUGAAAGAUCGUCACCUAGGUCUAUGUCCUAGCGGUUUGGACGAAUUCUGCUGUUACUGCUCCCUACGUCACCAUGCUUCUGAAGCCAUCAGGCUCUCCGGGAAUAUUCUCUACCCCAAGAAGUUUGUCAAACUCCUGAAGUUAAUAUGUCAAGAUUUCAGUUGGGGCAGACACCAAGAUGCACAUGAACUCCUCCGUUGCUUGCUUGAUAAAUUAGACGAUGCCUCUGUUGCUCCCAUGGGGGUCUCAUCUGAGGAGCCCUCUUCUAUUGUCAAACAAGUUUUUGGAGGCCAAGUGAAAAGCCAGCUGCAUUGUCCAGAGUGCAAUCAUUGCUCAGACAGAUUGGAGUCUUUUCUUGACCUUAGCUUGGAGAUUAACCAGAUGGACACUCUCCUGGAUUCACUAGAAUCUUUUACAAAAACUGAGGUGGUUGAAAGUUUCACUUGUGAUGGAUGCAAAACUCGUGUGAACAUGGAAAAACACUUGAAGGUGGAGCAGGCUCCAGAAGUUCUAGUGAUCCAGCUGAAACGGUUUGAAAAUUUAGGCAGUAAUAUAUCCAAGAUUCAAGAGAUGGUGAAAUAUCAGCUAGAGUUGGAUUUAAAACCCUUCAUGAGCUCUGCUGAUACUAACCCUCAAAAGUAUGAUCUGUAUGGAGUUGUAGAACACUUGGGUGAAUCAUCCAAGGGUCACUAUGUUUGUUACAUCCGUUCGUCAGAAACAGAUUGGUAUCUCUUUAAUGAUGAGAAGGUCAUGCAAUUGAGUGAGGAUAAAGUUUUGGACAGUAAAGCAUAUCUUCUGUUCUAUGUCAAGCAAGGUUCAUCCCCGUGGUUCUCUACCUUACUCGAGGAAAAGAACACUUUGCUGUUGGGUUAUUUGCAAGAAUUGGCAGACAAAGGUUUGAACGAGGAUGGUGUUUCCAUUGACAGUGACAAGGGUAGUUACAGUAGAAGUGGCAGUGGAAGUGACAGUGAUGAACAAGAUCUAUCUGACGCGGAGAUGCUGUACCGCAGAAGCCUGGGUGGAGGCCUGUCUGGAGAAACAAAGAGACCCACCUCCCCUCCCAGAUCAAGCCUGGAAAAUGGAAAUGUCCGUCGGAUGUCUUUGGUAUCGAAGAACAAUGAAAAUGUCAGCCUACAGGGAUCACGCGGCAAGGAAAUGAGCCAUAGCACACAUGGAUUACCAUCUCAUGUUAAUGGUGCAGGCUCCCGGGGAGGGUCAUCACGAGAAAAUGGGGAAAGCUGCAGCUUACUCCAAUCAUCAUCACAUAAACCUGAAGAGGACUGUUGUCCUGAAAACUUGACAUUGCAUAAAGAUGAUGAGAUGCGGGGCUCUUGUGUUUCACCUGCUGGAGAGGUGCGCGCACAUUAUGGGGUCGAGACCAGAGCAAGGAAGCGGAUGAGGCAACAGUCCGCAGCUGGGACGAUGGCGAAGCGGAGGAAGGGUGGUGGCUUAAAGAAAGCUCUACUGAAGAAGAGUGUGGGGGGUGGUGGCUUAAAGAAAGCUCUACUGAAGAAGAGUGUGGGGGGUGGUGGCUUAAAGAAAGCUCUACUGAAGAAGAGCAAUUUGACUGAACAUACUGGUGAUUCCAUCUUGCCAUACGGUUACAACACCAUGGACGUGAAAUUGAGCGGGGAGAUCGGCGGCCACCAACGCCAGUCAGAGAAGGGGAUCGGCGGCUGCCUGCCGCUGCUCUUCCGGGAAGAUCUAUUGCUGAUCAGCGCCGGCGCUAUGAAGAUCAGGGCAGAACCCAGUGGGGAUCGGAGAUACCUGCAUCUUGGCCUAUUGUUGGAUUGGAUCAGCCACCUCCAUCUUGGGAACUUUGCUGCAAUGAAUACAGAAAGGCUAGAGCUUAUUAGGAAGAGGAGAGAGGAAGACGACGAGGAGUUCAUGUUCAUCAGAGCUAAAUGA